UCUGAAGAUAUAUUACCCCAUUCUUAAUGAACUACUGAAGGCUUCAGUCGACACAAAAACUGCAAUCAUUUCCUUCAAAACAGUUUCUGUCAAAAUGAAUGGGAGUAUUGUCAACUUCUCCAAUGGAACAUCAUUGAUCUGCCAUAGAGACACCAGAAUUGCACAUGUGGUGUUCCCAGUCCUCUACACUGUUGUUUUCCUUAUUGGACUGAUACUGAACAGUUUGGCUGCUUGGGCUUUCUUCCAAAUUCGAAGCACAUCAACUUUCAUAGUCUACCUCAAAAACACACUGAUUUCUGAUUCUAUAAUGACUUUAAUGCUUCCUCUGAAAAUUCUUACUGAUUCAGGACUAGGACCAUGGCAACUUAAAGCUUUUGUUUGUCGUGUUUCAGCUGUGAUAUUUUAUGAAGCAAUGUAUGUCAGUAUAGUACUACUUGGUCUUAUCGCUUUUGACAGGUUUCUCAAAAUUGCACGACCUUAUGGGAAGCUUUGGGUGCAAAAUGUCACAUCUGCCAAAAUUAUUGCAGGGAUUGUUUGGAUUUCUUUCUUCAGUCUCUCUUUGCCAAACAUGAUUUUAUCAAACAAAAAAGCCAUGCCCCACUCUGUGAAGAAGUGUGCUUCUCUGAAGAAUCACUUAGGACUGAAAUGGCAUGAAGCUGUCACUUAUAUUUGUCAGUUUGUUUUCUGGGCUGUAUUAAUUCUAAUGUUUCUCUUUUAUGCAGUUAUUACCAAAAAGGUAUACAUGUCUUAUAAAAAAACUCAAAAGAAAGAUAGCAAAAGCAAACAAAGGACCAAAGGAAAAGUAUUCAUCAUUGUCAUAGUUUUUUUCGUAUGUUUUGCUCCAUAUCAUUUUUCUAGAGUACCAUACACUCUAAGUCAAACCCACCAGAGAAUGGACUGUAGUAUACAGAAUCAAUUAUUCAUUGCCAAAGAAGGUACUCUUUGGCUAGCUAGUACAAAUAUUUGCAUGGAUCCCCUGAUAUAUAUAUUCUUGUGCAGAUCAUUUCUAGAAAAAGCAUUCUGUGUUAAGGUAAAAAAAUUUAGAAGUACAAUUCAUGAAAAUCCAACAGUUCCAAUGGACACUAGAAUAUCAGUGUAGACUCUUGAUAUGGUAAUUUGGAACUCUGUAAAUAGAAUGGGUGUGCAAAGCAGGCAGUAUUCGAUUUGGAUUUGGCCCGAUUUGGGGGGCACUGAUUUGAUUCACUGUUCUGAUUUGAUUCGGCCAAAUCUGAAGAUUCAAUUCUGAUUCAGCCACAGACACAGCUUUAUACGUUUCUUCUAUGGACCUCGAGGUACCAGGCACAGCUCAUGAACACUGAGAUAGUGGGGUGGAUGGAGCAUCCCACGGGAGAACAGGAACAUUGGGGGGGGGGGCGGAGGAGAGGGAGGUUUACUAUACACGCUUGGCAGCGGACCCAGAAGUGGACUGAAAGUACUUCCGGUCCAUUUCUGGGUCCACUGCCAAGCAUGCGGGGGACCCCCCACACCUCCCUGGCUCAGCAAUUGGCCACGGGGGGACCCCGGGUACCCCCCCAGAUCCAAGAGGCACCAGUCACCAAGCCAAGGGGCCGGUGCCCUCCAUGGCAGACCCAGAAGUACUUCUGGUCCAUUUCCAGGUUCGCCGUUGAGCUGAAGCAGGACCCUGCCACACUCCCAUGGGAUGCUCCAUCCACCCCACCAUCUCAGCAUUCACGAGCUACACCUGGUACCUUGAUGUACGUAGAAAAAACAUAUAAAGCUGUGUCUAUGGCUGAAUCAUCGAAUCUCUCCAAAUCAAUUUGGAGCCUUCUGAUUCAAUUUGGAGAGAUUAAUGGGUCUUCUGAUUUGAUUCGGAUUCAGGGAUUUGGCCACCAAAUUGGGCCAAAUCUCCUCCAAAUCAAGUCAGCGACUGAAGCUUCGCACAGCCCUAGUGAUUAGCACUAAAAUGUUUUCAGAGAAGUUAAAGAAAAAUGUAUACAAUGUUUUAUUUCUGAAGAUGAAACAAAAUGUUUGAUUUUUUUUUCCUUAAGCAUGACUGUAAAAUAGUAUCAUGGCAUAACUUACACUUGCUGUAUGAUUUCCAUGUCAAAAGAUACCCUGCUUAAUAAGUAAAAAGCCAUUUUUCUAACUGUCAAGACUGAAGACUUAGAGUGAAGCCCAAUAAUUAAGCCAAGUCCUUUCUCUCUGAUGCAUCAUCACCAUUAAAAAAGCCAAAUGUUCCCCUCUGAUACUACUACAGCCACAAAGUCUUCAUAUUAUGCUCUGAAUGAUAUCUGUACAACCUCACUGUCAUCAAUAGAACUGCACACCUAUAACCAUUUAAAAUUGAAUGGGAAAGAACCAUAUUGAUGAUACAUAAAAAUGACACAAAAUGCA